AUGGGUGUUUGCUCAUCGAAAUCAUCUGAUAAAGAAUUACAAAAAGCUUUAUAUCUCUAAAGGUUAAAAGAAUUUAAAGCAAAAUUUAAAUAAAGCACAGCUGAGAUAAAUCAAUUUAAUAUCGAAUUUAGAGAUGAACAAGAUGAUGAUUAAUUGAAAGCCAAGUUUAAAAUCUCAGAAAAUCCAAUAGUUAAAAGAAGAAGCAAACAAUAAAAUGAAAUUGGAAUUCCUUAACUGACAGCUAAGAAUAUUGAAAAUUGA